UGAUGCGAGCGUCGUCAUAAACUCUAGGCAGACCACUGUGUACACAGGGCUGAGGUAUUUCUGAAUCUGCUGGUACAGGUACAUUGUGGUAGGAUAUAGUAAUCACUGUCUUCAGGGAGAGCGGUUAGCGAGGACAGGACCCCAUUAUAAUCAUUUCUUGUUUCAUUGGAGUAUGUGUGCUGUUGUUUGGGCCGCUGGUCUCAAGCGCGUGUAACGUCAAGUUCUACGCUCAAAGGGAACUGCUGAAUUUCACAUCUCCUAACUUCCCAGGCAACUACAAAAGCAAUGACAACUGCUAUUGGGACAUCUACCCUCAAACGAGAGGGUACAACGUUAUACUCGACAUGGUGUUCUCCGAUAUCGAAGGCUCAUCCGGAUCCAACUGUCCAUAUGACGCCCUUACCAUAUACGUAAAAAAUAAGGGUGAUCAAAGAAUAGGCGAGUCAAAAAGAAUUUGUGGAAAAAGCAGAUUACAUCUUAUUACCCGUGAAGACCAACAUAUUCAUGCAGUGUUCGAGACUGAUGAUAGUGUAACCAGAGGUGGUUUCCUCAUUCAAUAUCAUGAAACAGACGGUCACUCUUGUGGAUUAUCAGAUCUGUCCGCCUCUUCUGUUGCAUGGACGCACUUGACUUCUCCUGGCUAUCCUUCAAACUAUUCCAACAACCUGAACUGCCAAUGGACAAUCUCUGCCCCCGUUGGAUAUGCAAUUAAAGUCGAAGUUGUGUAUUUUAAUGUGGAAAACUCGACAGCUUGUUCAAGUGACUACCUUCUCUUCAGUGACGGUUCCACGUCUUUCGGUGCUCAAUUGGGAAAAUAUUGUGGUCGUAGUUACAUCACUAGGUUAGUCGUCAGUUCCAGAAACUACAUGACCAUUACCUUCCACACCGACGGCUCUGACACAGCACUAGGAUUUAAUCUGAAAUACAAAGCUGGAUAUAGAACUACUACAAGUACAACUACUACAACUACUACAGAAAUAACAAAUGGGCUUAAUUGUAGCAGUCCUUUGCUCAGCGCCUCUACGUCCACCUGGAGAUAUUUGUCGUCUCCUGGCUACCCUAACAACAAUUACAACAACAAUAUGGAGUGCAAGUGGACAAUUUCUGCACCUGCUGGAUAUAAAAUAAAAGCCGAAAUUAGAGCUCUUUCUUUGGAAUAUGAAGCCACCUGUGCAAGAGAGUAUCUCCUCUUCAGUGACGGCUUCUCGUCUUACGGCACUAAGCUGGGUAAAUACUGUACUGGCACCAGGGACGUGGUCAGCUCCAGUAACGCCAUGACUAUCACCUUCCACACUGACGGCUCUGUGACAGGAAGAGGAUUUUCUUUGAAAUACAAGACGUCAGGUUGUGGCAAAGACGAAGAGAUAAACAAUUAUAAAACGAAAUAUAUUGAAUCACCGAAUUACCCUCUGCAUUAUCCCAACCAUGCAGAUUGUUCAUGGACAAUCAGCACCCGCCUUGAAGGAUAUGUCAUCCAUGUUAAAGCUGUGCAUUUCUACCUUGUGUCAGACCACCUGUGUUCCUAUGAUUUUGUGCAGCUCUAUGACGUCACUGGAACAUAUAAACGCUCGCUUGGUCGAUGGUGUGGAUCGCAUGGACCAGUUACACAGAGUACAGGGAUGAGUAUGAAGGUUCGAUUCCUCUCCGAUAGUUCGAACUCCUUCAAAGGAUUUAAACUGGCCUUCACUGCUGUCGAGCCAACGUCUUCCUCGUCUGUUUCACCGAACUAUGGAGGCAUAAUUGGAGGGGUAAUCGGCGGCAUUGUGGGCGUGGCAAUUGUAACCGGUUGCUGCUGUGAUAUUUACUCCAAGAAAAAAUUCACACCCAGUGACCAGUCACAACGAAACAGAUCACGUGAAGCCAACCUGAACACCGUCUACACUGUCCCACCAACUACGGCAACUACCCAGCACGGCAUGAAUACUCCACCUCCAGCUUACAGUGAAGUCGUGAAGGAUGACCCUCCACCCUACUGUCAGGCAGUUCCACAAUCAGAUUUACAACCUGUUGUGACGUCGUCCUCUAAUGGCGCAUCUUCAUAUCAAGGGAUAGAUAACCCAGCAGGCCCUAGUUGAGUGACAACUUCACAUGAUGUACACGUUUUGUAUUCUUGGAGUAAAUGGAAAAAGGACACAUACAUGGAGACUCCUUCACACAAAUUAGCGUCUUCAUCCAUUUUAACAUAUUUGUUUAUAACAAAUCUAAACUCCCUCGACAGCAAAUAAUAACAACGUUAACAAUAGUUCUGAAAACAAACCUAAGAGGUGUAAUUUAUAUUAUAUUUUUUUACAAUGCAAUUACCUGUAUUCUCACAUUAUCUCCCCGAUUUAUUUGGGUCAUGUGUGAUGUUGAUUGUUGAACUGUGCAUAACCAAGGAUCAGAAGUCACGUUUUACAAGUUAACGAACAUUCAUCAACUGAUCGGUAGUCAAUAGAGACUAUCACAAUCAUGUCACAAGCAUGUCACAAUUAUGAAAUGAGAAACUUUAUAUUAUUCUUGGUUGUUGUAGCAUACACUUUUUCAUAUAUCAAAUGAUGCUCGUUGUUGGUGUUAUGUCUAUGUUUAUUAGAAUAUGAAAGCUGGUAAAAUAUAUUAUACAUCUAUUACAUAUGCCCAAGAGUUGAGUGACAGUUUCACAUGAUGUACAUGUUUUGCAUUGCUGGACGCAUACAUGGAUACUCCUUCACACACAUUAACAUAUUUUUUAAUGAAAUCCCUAAUUAAACUCCCUCGACAGCAACAAUUGUUCCAAAGAGGUAUAAUUUAUAUCAUCGAAGGCCAUAAGAAAACGCAGUUACCUGUUUUCUUACAUUAUCUUGUUUCCCAUCUAUUUGGGUCAUGUGUGAUGUUGAUUGUUGAGCUGUGGAUAACCAAGGUACGGAUGUCAUGUUUUACAAGUGAAAGAACAUUCACCAACUGAUCAGUAUUCAAGAAAGACUAUCACACUCAUGCCACAAGCAUGUCACAGUUAUGAAUGGAAGAUAACACAAUGACCACGAUGAGAAACUUUUGAAAUUCCUCUUGGUUGUCGCAGCAUAUACUUGUAAUUGUACGUGUUUAACAGUCCACGUGCAUGUGCGCGUGCGUGUGCGCGUUCCUGUAUCUGUCAUGUGUGUCUGUGCAUAUUGAACACAGAUGUUUUUCACUUUGAUGGAAUCCACGAGCACAAGUAUUCAAGAAUCGUAUACAUAUUUUACAUAUGGGU